AGGCCUCUAUUUCGAUCCGUCUUCACAGGCCGGCCGCCGGCACCACCACCACCAUGGCCGCCGCCGCCGCCGCCGCCGUAGCCGUCUCGUCGUCGCGUCCGCCUCUCCUUCUCCAAUCCACCUCCAACGCCACCUUCGUUUCCUUCCCGAGGCGGACGCUCCCCGCCACCACCCUCGCCCUCUCCGCCCCCUCCCAGCUGUCGCUGGUGCCGGCGGCCAACCCCAAGUACCACAACGCGAAGGUGGACGCGGGCGACGAGGACGUGGAAGGGGAGGAGCUCCUGCGGCGGUUCAACUGGCAGGUGUCCCGCGCGGGCGUCAUGGAGGAGAUCAGGCGGCGGCGGAGGCACGAGGACGCUCGGGACAAGCGCAAGCGCAAGGCGCGAUCGGCGGCGCGGAGGUUCCGCCGGAGGCGAUUCAAGGGCCCAUACCCUUUCAGUGAUGAUCAGGGGGCGAAGGAGCAGGCUACUGAUGACGAGGAGAAUGACAACUGGGAGCUCCCUGCAGGAGAGUUGCCUUCUUACAGGUAGAGAUAGUCGAGAAGUUGAAGCAUGAUUUUAUCUGCAGAAGAGUUUCAACACCUCCAGCUUCAGUUAUUCCUGUCAGUCGGAGGAAAUUGAGUAGGUGUUGACAAAUCGAUUCUAGCGGAUUGGCGGCCAAUGCACGGUAAACUGAUGUUGUCUGCAGAAGAGUUUCAACUCCUCCAGCUUCAGUUCUUCCUGUCAGUUGGAGGAAAUUGAGUAGGUGUUGCCCAAUCGAUUCUAGCUGAUUAGCGGCCAAAGCACAGUAAACUGAUGUAAAGCAUUUUGUGGAAAUGCCAGUUAUGUCUCGACAGCAGACCCUCCUGGCUGUGCUGCAAAUACGUCAUCUGUAUUGAGUUCUUGUGGAUGGAUUUACAAUGGCUGGUGUGUUCUCACAAGAAUUCUAAUGCUAACUUUUUUCUGGUGGGAAAAAGAUGAAAUCUGAUGCAGUAGACACUUGCUUUGGUGACCUAGUACUCAGUAAAAUUGUUCUUUUGCA